ACAAGCCCGGCCGGCCGCUGGUGUGGUGGGCGGUGCAGCCCGUGGCUUGCAGCUAGAGCCUCUCUGCCUGCACUCAGUCGGUGUCGGGGCUCGGAGAGAUGUGGACCUCGACGUCCCUCCUGCUGCUCGCCACCGCCGCCACGCUCGUAGACCGCGCCGCUGCCGCCUGUCAACACAUAGCAGUAGAUCUAUGCCGCGGCACGGGCUACAACUACACCAGCAUGCCGAACCUGGUGGGCCACGACACUCAAGCGGACGCCGACUUCACCCUGCAGACCUUCUCGCCCUUGGUGCAGUACGGGUGCUCCGCCCAGCUGGGAUUCUUCUUGUGUUCUGUGUACGUACCCAUGUGUAACGAGAAGGUGACUUCGCCCAUCGGUCCUUGCAGAGGGUUGUGUGAGGCGGUGCGGGCCCGUUGCUACCCCGUCCUGCAAGGGUUUGGAUUCCCCUGGCCCGCGGCGUUGGACUGUUCCCGAUUCCCAGCGCAGAACGAUCACCGCCACAUGUGUAUGGAGGGCCCCGGCGAGGUUGGGCUCGGGGUGGCCCCCGCGCGCCCCUCUGGGUCCCGAGUACUUUCAACCGACCCGGACGUCACUCCUUGUUCCCACUACGCCCGCCCCGACUUGUACGUCCGCGCCAACCGCACCGGCCGCUGCCUCCAACGCUGCGACGCCGACAUCCUCUUCACCAAGGUGGACAAGGACGUCGCCGAAGUUUGGAUCUCGGUGUUGUCCGCGAUAUGUUUCGUCACUUCGCUGUUCGCGGUGGUGACGUUCCUGGCGGACUCCGGGUCCAUGUUCCCGUACCCUGAGCGGCCCCUGCCGUUCCUCGCCCUGUGCCACAACAUGGUCAGUGUGGGCUGGGGGCUGCGCGCCGCCCUGGGUCGCGAUGCUGUGGCCUGUUACCCCGACUACUCCAGGACUCUGCUCCUGGCCCAGGAGGGCCUCGGGAACGCCCACUGCGCUCUUGUGUUCUUCCUCACCUACUUCUUUGGAAAUGCUAUUGCCAUAUGGUAAGUUAAAAAGUUUUCAA